GUGCAAUCAGUUUGCAUACCACUGUGGCCACAAUGGGCGUGGAAUGAUAUGCCUGAGCGAUUCUAUUGUUAAACGAGGUCGAACACCGACUGAUGAUGUGUCGUGUACAUUGCAUACUGACUGUGGGAACGUACAAAAUGUCUUACACAAAAGCCCAGCUAAAAGUGUCUUUCAUUUUUUAGAUUUCCAGACCAAAUUUGCACUCUAUGACAAGAGGGGUGAUGGGAAAAUUGGCAGCGAAGAAUUAGGAGAUGCCUUGCGAGCUACGGGACUCAACCCUUCAGCGGAGGAAGUGACCAAAAUUACUCAAGGAUUUAUCGGAGGCCACCGCAUCACAUUUGACGAGUUUCUGGCCUUACACGCCUCACUCCGCUCCACCUCUCAAACUAAAGGAACCGUUCAGGAGUUUACUGAAGGAUUACAGAUGUUAGACAGAGAUCAAAAUAACCUGAUUCCUGCCUCGGAACUACGCCAUGUUCUCACCAGUCUAGGUGAGCAAAUGACAGAGGAAGAAGUGGACAAACUGUUGACAAAAUUCACAGACUCAAGGGGCAUGGUAAACUAUCCAGAAUUUGUCAAAAAGGUUAUGACGGGCUAAACCAAGAUAGUGCAACAUCUACGACAUUGCGUUACAGUGACUCAGUGGCCCUUUGCAUAGUUAAGUUGGGCUGAAUAUAGCAGGCUAUUUAUAAUGGCAAGCUUCGGCGACUUAAAUAGAUUACAAAUCAGAUACCGGAGCAAAAUAUAGUUAAGACACGUAUAAGUCUUUGCAAGUGUUUUGGGUCGCUUUUGUUCCACCAAAAUAUUAUGCGCCAAUAAAUGAUGUGCGAGCGAGACCUAAAAUCGCUUCGGAGUGACGGAAGCAGAACUUCAUGUGUGUAUAAUGAGGCACGAAAUUGAUUGACCCGCUUUUGGGGCCGAUCCUUUGACAUCUUCAAGUUGUCAUCAUCAAAAAUGGCUAAAAUUAAUGUAGCUGCUUUGUAAUAAUCUGUGUAUAAUAAUGAGGUAGUUGUAGUAAUUGAUUGUUAGAACAGAGAAUGUCGACAUUGAUUGUUCCCCAAAAAUAAAACGUUCGAUCAAUUAUUUAAGCGGGAAACCAUCGCUGUAACCAUUUAAAAACUAUAAAUGCCGUUUUGUUUUAGUUGUUUUCAAUGGUAUCUCAUCAGAUUUGAGCUUGCAAUUGAAAUGUUUCUCUUGGAAUAUUUAUUUUUAUAUGCUUUUUGCUUUUAUGGAAGUUGUUUCCAUUUUAUUAAAUUUGAGAACUAAAUUGACGAUUCAACCUCAA